AUGAGGGUACCAAGCCAACAGAGCUUCAACCAACAGCAGCAGCAGCCACAACAGCAACAACCACCUGGUCCUUCACAGCAGCAACAGCAACAACAACCAUUGCCACCCCAGCAACAAUUCCAAACAUCACAGUCCCAGGGCCAGUUCGUGCAGACCAAUGGACAGUACCAGCAGUAUCAGAUGCCAGCAGGUUACCAACACCCACAGCAGCAAUCCCAACAACAACAACAACAACAACAGCCAGUUCCGCAACAGCAACAAACACCACAAGGACAAGAUGGCCAACCUCAGACUCAGGCUGAAGCCCCAAAGCAGACUGAUGGCCAGUCUAUUACAAAGGGUUCACCAGCCAUUGAGAGAAGAGACACUACAAAUGCCAAUGUCCCUCUUGUUGGCUUUGCCUCAGUUCCAACCUUCACAGAUGCUGAAGAUAGUAGUACAGAGACUGGCGGUCCUGGCUAUGAAAAGGCUGAAAAGAAGGAGAAAGAGAAGAAGGCACGGAUGAAGAGCAUCAAGAAGAAACAUGAAAGGCCUCCUAAACUCAACAUCAUCUCAGUGGAUGAAGACUUCAUCGUGGAGUGUUCCUUUGAGACGCAUAAGGGAGAGAGGGUGCAGUUCAAGUUUAGUGUGGAUAAUGAUAAUCCUGAUGACAUUGUGGAGAAAAUGCUGACAAAAGACCUGAUCCCGAAGCAGUACACUGAACUCUUCAUUGAGCAGUUGCAAAAGAUCUGUGUAGAGGCCAAAAAUACUGGUCCCAUGAAGGCCACACCCAUUACCACCUCGGCAGAGACAGGCCCAGCAGACAUGCCACCUUCCUCUGCCAGUCCCAAGGUUGUAGAUCCCAUGACUGCUGCAGCUUUGACAGCAACAUCUGCUGUACCAACCUCAGUUGCUGUGACUUCAUCAUCUUCAUUGGAGACAACAAAUGAUUCAAAUGUACCCAGUGAUGAUAGCACCAGCCCACCUCAGGUCACUGGGAGUAAAUUGCCAGAUGGCUCCACCAAUGUUACCCCUACUGACAGUCAAGGUCGUCCAUUGUCACCAAAGAAGGAGCCUCCUGAUCCAUCCAAAGUGGUUGACCCCAGUGGGAACCUGGCUCCAGCCCCAAGUCCCCCUGUAAACACAAAUCAAGUCCCAGGAUUUACUGCUCAACCCCAAGUCCCAGAAAGAAUCGAAGCCAGUAUUAAACCGGAGGCUUGUGUGGUAGUAUCCAGUAGUGGGAAUCUUCCCCGGACCUAUGCGGAAGCCGCAGGAAGAAAGCCUGACCAAGUCUUGCAACAGCAAGGUCCUUUACAGGGUAGCCAGUCACAGCCACAACUCCACAUGCAUCAGCAUGCCCUUCAGGCAUCAAGGGGUCUUGUCUCACCGGCUACCAUGGGGGAUAUUCAGCAACAAACUCAGCCUGUAUCUGUGGGUAAUCCCCCUGCUGUGACAUCCCAAGCAAGCAUACUGGCCCCGCAGCCUGUGUACCCGAUCCAGAUGAUGCAACAAGGUGUGCCAGUCCAACAAGUGAUAACAGGACUGGGGGGAACACCACAAAUAUACCCCAUGCACAUGCCGUCAGAUGGACAGCAGUUUAUCAGUAAUACCUACCCUGUCCAGCUAGAAGGACAGAGGGUGUGGGUUUCUGGACCGGGUCCUGUGCAGAUGUCAAUGGUUCCAGGUUUUCAGGCCCAGAUGCAGGCUGGCAUGCAAGUCCAAAUGCAUGGACAGGUUCCAGCAAGUGUUGUCCAACAACAGAACCAACCAAUGGAGCCUCAGAAUGUGUAUUCCACAGCAGCUGUCAGUCAGAUGUCUGUCCAGGGAGGCACAGUGCCACCGUUGAUGCGACAGUCAUCUCAGAACCAGCAACUGGCACAGCAACAAGCUCAACAGCAGCCACAGCAACCUUUUCAACAGCAGCCUCAGCCACAACAGCAGCAACAGCCAGUGCAGCAACAACAGCCAGUGCAACAACAACAGCCACUUCAAAAGCAACCACAACAUCAACCAAUUCAACAGAAGCAAAUGCCACAACAACAACAGUCUGGGAUCUCAUCACACAGUGCAGCCUUCCAGAACGUGCCAUUUGGAAAGCAGCAGGGAAGUGCCGCCUCUCUAGCCGAUCUAGAUGCCAAACUCCAUCAACUUCACAAGAGGCCUCAGAAGUCUGCUUUUACUCCAGCUCAGAGCCAACCGCAGUCACAAGUCGCAACACCUGUCCACUCACAACCGUCCACUCCAGCAUCAGUGCCGGGAUAUAGUAACAUACAGUCACAAGGAAUACCACAGUCCCAGCCACAGGUUAGCUACCAGCAGACACCUGUACAGGCACCUGUAUCCCAGGCACCUGCUCAGCAGAUUCAACCACAUGUAGAGCAGCACAUGCUGGUAACUCACUCCCACUCCGCUCCAAUUCUUGUCCCUGAUGUAAAUGCAGGUGUUCAACAACAAACACCCCAGCAUGUGCAUUCAAGUGCUUCGCAUGGCAUUCAACCAAGUACCAUCAUAGAGGAGCCCAGUGCAGAUGUGGCUGGUCAGGAUACAGCUAAACCAUCAGUUCAGUCCAGGCAUCCUUCUUUCUCUGAAACAACCCCUGUUAGCUCAGCCAAUGAAGGCAAGUUGCCUGAAAUAUCUGCAGAAGUUUCCAAGGCAGCUGAAGUUGUGAAAACAGAGCCAGUCAAGACCAUUUCAAGGUUCCAGGUGCAGCAUGUCGUUGAGGAUCCUGUGAAGGAAAAUCAGCCCAAGAAAGAUACUGAAAUGGCUACACAAGCCGUACCAACGUCAGAUGUCAAUGCAAUUAGUGAUGUAAAUAAGAGAGAGAAUAGGGCACAGUCAGUGCCAGAUGUUAGUGUAGCAGAAAAGAGUGCUUUAACUCGAAAGUCUUCCAUUGAAGUUGAUGCAACUGUUCCCCUAUCAAGGGAGAGUAUGGCAACAGGAUGUUUAACCAUGACACCAACAUCGGGUGUGGACACCAGUGCUGAAAAAGUAGCACCAAAAGAGGAAAGUGCUUUUUCAGUAAAAUCAUCAAACACUGAGGCUGUUAAAACAGGUGCGCAACUGAGCAAAGUCUCAUUAGAGGGAACUGAGAAAAAAGAAUCGGUGGCAUCUCGCUUCCAAGUAACCACCAUCAAAGAUGAAUUUACCAAGGUUGAGCGAGGUGUUGCUGCUGAGAAGGAGACCCCAGUACCACCUCCACUGACAAGCAUAGAAGCACAAGCUAAACCAAGCCAUGGUGCUUCAGUGAAUGCCCAAUCCGUUCCAGACCAAACAUCCAGCCAGUCCAAACCACCAGAUGCAGUCGGAACAUCCACUGUUUGUCCUCCAUCCCACACUGCCCUGGAGCGCAAAGUGUCUGGUGAACGAGGGACACCAGAUAGUAUAGCUUCAGAUAUAGGCUCCUCAUCACAUCCACCUGCAACAGAUUACAAGGGACAAGGUGCGAUGGUUACACCACCUGUCAGCAGCAUUCAGCCUGAAGGAUACUAUAACCAAUUCCCACAGCAAGCAUUCUUUGCCUAUUCAGCUGAGAGAUUGUCACCCGGAAUGCAGGGACAGAUCUUCGGGCCAGUGAGUUUUAACUUUGAUGAAAAUGAAGACAGGCCAGAGCUGAAGGAAAUACUUCAAAGGCACAGGGAAGAACAAAUACAGCUGCUUCAGAAGCAACAAGAGGAGUUGAAGAAAUUCCAAAAGUCACGCUCAGCUCAGAUGUUCCUACCAUCAGCCUAUCUUCCACCAGUGUACCAACAGAUGGCUAGUCAUCAGUUCUACCCAUUCCAAGGUGGCUUGUUACCACAAGGCUAUCCGAUGCCACCAGCUUUUGCAAUGCCACAAGAUCCCAGUGUGUACAACAUGCCUGGGGCUUGGCAUCAAGGUAUGGUCCCUCUCAUGGGUGGACAGAUCCAGGGUCCUGUGGGUGUUAGUACUGCCAGUAGCUCCUCCACAUUGACUAGCGUCUCGUCUGUGGGACAGCUGAUUGGCCCUGGUCCAGUGUAUUACCCUAAAAGGGGUUCCAUCACACCGUAUACCAUACCAGCAGGAUUUGGUCGAGUGGACAUGAGUUCAGCUGGAGUGCCACCAUCUGUGCCUACCACGCUCCCACAACUACCACCCACGCCAGUUCUCUUUAAUAAAAGUGAGAGUUUUGCAGGCCUAAACAGCAGUGGGCUCCCAGAUACACUGGAGGCACGGCAGCGAGCAACAACCUUUCCAACCGUGGCAAAUACAGAAGUGAACAACAUGGGCAGUGUAGGGGCACAACCAGCUCCAUUGGACCCCUCAGCUUCUGCUUCUCUUGAUGCAGCUCAGCAGACUUCCAAGCCAGUGUUCUAUGUACAUGAGUCAGGAGGUAAGCGUGUCUUUUCUCCAACUCCUUCUGAAGGAAGUCUCUGUGACACUCAAGAACCGGUGAUUACUCCUGAAGGAGAGGAGCCUCCAACCAAGUUUGCCGAGUACAGGGCUGAUGGAGGCACGUCCCAUGACCCCAAAGAGGUCAUGUCUGCAUCCUCUAUCGAACCAUCUGGUAAGAAGCCUGUCUUCACUGAGGAUCAGUUCAAACUGGCUGAAAUAGCUAAAGCGCCUCCUAGAACGGCAGUCACAGAGCCUGAAAAGAAGAUGAGCCUGAAUGAACUACGCAAGAAUCAAGUGAGACAGGAUUUGCAGAGUAACAUUGGCUCAGGAGGGGGAACAGGAAAGCCUAGCGGUCAGCAGGAAUAAACUCAAGGUCACCUGUUUAUUCAAAUGUACAAUUCAAUUGUAAACAAUUAAUAACACGAUGAAAAUUAAUUCCAUCCAAUCUGGGUUCUCUGGCAAGAUGGGUGGUGCAUUCACGUGUGUUCCUUAGGAAUUUGGGCCUCAGCCCAACUCUAUCAGAUCCUUUAAAGUCCAUUAGGAAGUUAUUGAGGAUUUCAUAGGAAUAUAGAAAGUAGAACCCAACCACUGCAGAUUUUGGUGUCCCUUGAAGUUACAAGUAUAAAGAUAAUGGCUAAGAAAAUUGGCAAAGUACCUGCUCAGGUUUUUGCAAAAGAUAAACCUGAUCUCUCUAGCAUGUUGGAAAAGGUCUCAUAACUGGAAGGAUUCAGGACUUGAGGGGUUACUAAACAAGGAUGCCUGUUUUGACUACCCAUUUGACAUUUUAUAGUGCCAGUUGUGACUACUCAAUUUAGACUUGGUUGCAUGUUGUUUGUUGAGACACCUGUAAGAGCAGCAUCAUUUAUUUGAUGGAUCGGCUUUACAUGUGGCUCUUAGCAAAAUAAAAGCUUACGGUCUGACCAGUGAUCAUUAUUUGGGGUAGGACUAGUACCUGUCCAUUAAAGUAAAGAGUUCUGAGAACUUCAUGGAUUAGUUAAAGGGUGCAUGUAAGCUAAACAUAAUGUAGGAGAGUUUGCUGCCACCAAGUACAUGUAUUUUAAAGUCUCCAUUGAUGCUAAUUGCAGCUCUAGGAAUUGUAUCUGCAUGAAUAUUUGAGAUUUCAGUCACAGGAGCAUUUUUAUUUUGACCAUCAGUUCUGAUCGUUGUGAUAUUUACGCACGUGAAAGCACCACACCAUAUGUGUAUCAAGUAUUCGUGUUCAAGUAUUAUUCCAAGCAGUUAAUCAGUGGGUUAUUAUGUACAUGUAUUAGUCAUUGGAUGAAGCACCAUAUGUUAUAAACUUUAAUAUCACCAUUCCAGCGUUGUGCACAUGUAAAGGGACCUUUUCUGUAUCAUAUACACCUGCCACCUGGUUCAACUGUAUUAUAUCUUGUCUAAUGGUGGUUGAUAUUCUAAUUGUCCAAAUAUAACAAAUAUUGCCUUUUUUAGUUCAAAUUGAGGCGUGAAGACAAAUGAAUGGUUUGUGAUCUUAUGCUGCUUUCUUUGUUUGUGUGUGUGUGUGUGUGUGUGGGUUUGCUCUUGCUUGAUUAUUGGCAAUGUGAGAAGAUCAGACACAGUCAGUAAUGGUAUUUAACCACUUGAUGCUGGAUGACGUAUAAACUCACACAAUCUGUUCAGGUACUUCAUAGACGGCAACUUUGAGCCACUGAGCUUUUGGCUCAUGUCAUGACCCAAGCAAAAAUGAGGAAAGAUCGUGGUGAUGCUUUUUUUGCCUUUCAUCCAUUAACUUCAAGAGUUUGAUCUCAUCAUAUUUGGAUUAUACCUUAGCAUAGAUACCAAGACUGUUUGAUGUGAAGUCUUAGUAGGCAGUUAGACGUCAUGCCUUGCAAGAUGUGUUUGUGAUUUGUAUCAUCAAAUAGACUGUCCACUUGCCUCUGGAUAAGCCAGCUUCAACAGCCCAUACACAUGUCGAACCACUCAGCAUUUAUCUCAAUUAAAGGAGCAAUUCUUUUUUGUAACUGAAGACCUGACAAGUUGGAAGCAGAAUUAGCACUUUCUUGAAUAGUUGUUAGUUCGUAGUUCCCCUGUUAGUUGGAUAGCAGCUAUAAUCUUAAUGAUAUUUCUGUAGUGGGUUUGGGUAUACUGAAGAUAUUAAAAGUAGUUUUCGAAUUCUGUUGGACUUGUGAGAGAUACAGUGGGUUGAAAUGACUGUACUUACGUUUUAACAUGAACCCGUAUCUUCGCAGUGUCAUUAAUGUGUACAUAUGUGUAUGAAAUAAGCCUAAAAUGGUGUGAAUGGCAACCUAAUAUGCAAGUUUUUGUAGCACUUUGCCUGAUGCAGAAUAGCCAUUGCCUUUCCUUAUUGCUGCUGAUGAAGCAUAGUGCUAGAAUGCAUCUGAUAAAAGGUGAUGCUUUUUGCUGCACAUAAACUGUUGUAAAUAUAACUGUAUUAUUAUUAUUGUUAUUAUUGAUAUUAUUUAAACAUGGAAUUGUAAAAUUCAAGAGAAUGUGCCUGCUUAAUUGCUAGGGGUAAGUUUAACCAAUCAAAAAAGAAGUGAAAUCUAUAAAAAGUUAGUAGUGAAAGAAUCCAAAAUUAAUUUGGCUAUGAAAAUGUCCAAUAAUACACCAGCAAAUAAGUUAUAUCUCAUGUCAUCUUACUGACAAAUAUUUAAACAUGACAGAAUGGAAAUGCACUAUAGAAACUUAUCAGAGCAUCUGUGGUUCUCAAAGUGCCCGUACCAAAGACAGUCUGCUUCAAUCUUUUCCAAUGAUACAAACAUCAACCUUGCCAGUGGUUUCUGAAUUACUGACCACACCCCCUUCCCACUCUGCUCUAGUGCUUUCUUGUGAGAAUCUUUGAUCGUUUGCCAUCUACAAGUUACCCUAGCUUAAGUUCCAUUUGAAUACAAAUUAUUUCAGCUUCCAUAAUAUUAAUUGGCAUUGGUUACAUAGUAUACACAUCACAGUUUUGAAGCUGCUUAAGCCAUUUCUACGUGUUAUGUAAUUAACAAUUGUAAAGUUUUAUUGUGUGUGAGCACUUGUUUGAAGAUUGUACAAUACUGUAACCAUCCACCACCAAAAUCUGUACCAAUAAUUGAAUGUUAAUGUCUGCCUUAUUACUAAAAUUAUAAGGGACUUGUUUUGCAUUGUUGACUAUUUAUGACACACCUGAUAACUUUCACUACUGAACAUCAAACAUUUUAAAAAUAGUAACCUCAACUGAUUACAUAUUACAAAGAAGUUUACUAAUACCAUUCCAAGUCUUACUUCUCCACCAAAAUUUAAUAUAGUCUACAACACCCCGUUAGUUGUGGAUAGAAAUUUUACUGAGCUGUGCAUCUGUACAUAUACUUUUUGCCCAUGUGCAUGUUUCUUACCUCAAAAAGGUAAAGUGAGACAUUGUUCUGAAAUUAGUCUUGGGUAGAUACCCUACACUUACCACAGUCUCCUGUUGCACAAGGAAAUCAACUGAGCACAGGGUUCCGGUUCUUCUCACAAACACAAUUAAGUAUAUUCUACCAAUGCCACCAAAACAAAAUAUUGAAGUUGAGGUCAUGGUUCUUCUGUCAACAAACUGAAAAGUGAAAUCACUGAAGUAAAAUUCAAGCAGUAGUGUUUAUAAAUUCAUGAGGUAAUCAAACGGAUAUUUUGAAUUUCCUGAGACACUGUUGGUGUCAUUUCCAGUCUCAUACUUCUGUAAGCACACAGGUUCAUAUAUAAGCUUUCACAAGUUUCUGCAUGAAGGUACAGGUUUGAUAUUUUUGUUCAUUCUUGGAAUAGGUCCCUCUUAUGCCCAGUUUUGAAUUUUGAAAGGCACAAAAAAAUCUCUUUUCCUCAGUUGUGUUUUGGUUUUUCCUAAAGCUCCUGUCUGAUAUUUAUCUUUUUUCUCUACAGUAAGAGACAUCAACCAGCUUAAAUGUAUUUGUGUAAAGGCUAUUGUAGUGUUAAAUCUUUGUAAAAUUAUUCUAGGGAACUUACAUAUGAGAAAUUGUUAAAAUAUAACAACACCAGUCAUCAAAGUUUGAUUGUACACAGUGUUUCUUGUCACAUUUUCCAGUGUGGCAUAACUGUGACCAACUCCUCACCAAUCCUAAGCAGGGAAUGUUUAAGGCUCUUUAAGUUAAACAAGAAAAAAUAACAGAACUAAUGUGAAGUGAUUACACCUUGUAACAUUUUGGCUUGUAAUCUGUCUUGCUGAGUCAAUUUUCCUGCUUACUGGGUUCGUGAAAUUGGUUACAGGUCUUUACAGGUGUGUAGGUAUUGGCCAGUUUCUGUAUUUUAAUGCACUAUGACUACAUUGUCCAUGACAUGAACAGAUUAAAAUUUGUUCAAUUAUAUGAUACCUAUAUAGUAUGAAGGAAGGUACAUGUAUGUGCUAGGUCAGGUGGCUACAGACUAAUGGUGGAAUGUCAUCAUUUGUCCGUCUUCUGAAUUGGCUGUAUUCUGAUGGAAGGGACAUAAAUUUCACAGGGUUAAUUUGAGCUGUUUAACUAGAUUGUAAUGUGCUAUGUGUACAUGUGUAAAAAAGGCCUUUUCAAAAAAAAAACAAAACAAGCCAGGAAAUCCUGUUGUAAGAUUGUAUACCUUUGCAUACUUUGACUACACAAUAUAUGGUGUAUUUAAGAGUAGCAGUGAAGUAGUAAACUUCGGUCAUAUUGCCUUUGCACUUAUCCCCUUUAUAUAAAAUGCACUUCAAUCAAUUAUAGCUUUUGUAUCAAAAGUUGCACACCCCUAGUCAUCAGUUCUUAUUACCUGUUUGUCUAGAGCAGUAGCAUACCAAGCUGUGAUAGGAAAGUCAUAAUGCAUAACUAAUGUCAUUAAAUGGUGCCAGUUUAAAACACUGUUUCUUGAAGUUCACACAGUAGCAGCUGCCUUCCAAAAACAAACAAGAAAAUUGUAUUCCAAGGAAUCGGGGUAUACCAAGAUGAGAUUUGUUGACAUUGAGGAGAAGGAGCAUUUCUUGGGAUGGGGAACACCUUGCAAAUACAUCUUCCUUUUGGGUCACCAUUCUUUUGUUGUUUUGUCUUGAACACUUUUUUAUUCCUUAGUCAUGAAACCAACACAUUUAAUGCAAUUGAGGUUCUGCAUGGCAGCCAUUUUUCUGGUAACAGCUUUUGUUCCUCGGGGAGACACAUGAGCAGACAUUUUGUACUGACCCUCCAUUGCAAAAGUGGUUACAAGAAGGAUAGUUGCCAUCUACAACCUCUGUUGUGGAACAGUCUGUCAAGAUGAAUCACACAGACAAAUUUUAAUCAGGCACAUACUACAUUGUUUAAUAGUAACAAAUGUACCUGUAGUGGAUUUAACCAUGUAUUGGAUGAAAUGUAAAACCAAUCGCUACGUAUUGUUACCUCAGCAAAAAAGUUGUAAGCCCGUUUCCUCCACUUAUUUAUAACUAUUAACAAAAUAUUCCUACAGUAAUUAUAUAAGAUUAUUUUCAAAAUGUACUCAAAAUGCUACAACUUCAGUUUUAUAGGUCACUUCAUUGGACCCCCCCACACAUGUAUUGGUUAAGUUAAUUUGAAAAUAGGACACAUAGCAGGUAAAAGACAGUUUGAUUAACCAUGUUCCCUAACAUAAGACCAACAUGUCUCCAAAUUGAAUUCUGAGAAUUUAAUAUUACUGGAAAGAUCUGGAAAAGGGAUCUGGGAAAACCAUGUAAGCUCUGCUGAUAUCAAUUGAUGUUACACCUGUGAAAUAUUAAAAGGAAUCAAGUGUUUGAUACCUGUCUUUUUUGGUUUAAGAAUUUUUGUUUCUGUAAGUAGUAACUGAUGCAUACAUGGCAACUUAACAGUUAUUUAGUUGAAACUGGUAAGAAGGAACUUACAUCAGUAAUUUUUUUCCUUUUUCUUUCUGUCUGAAAUUGAUUUCAGACACGCCGCAUUAGGUCACUUGGAUGACUACUGAAAUUAGUUUGUUUCUCCACACAAACCUGGUAAUUAUUUCAUUUUCCACAGUUACCUUUCUGAACAUUAUAUUUUCAACUUGGUUGGAUUUCUCUGAUAAUUUCACUUUAACUUUUUUCCUGUAUAAUUUCUUUUGUUACUAAUAAGUUAUUAUGUACUUGUAUAUUGCAAUAUAUUGAUUAAUGUGUUAAUGAUUAUGUAACAAUUAAGAAAUAAGAAUGGUAUUUGUCCCUUGUAUAACCCCAAAUAUUUAACAUUUAUACACAAAGUGGUUUCAAUUCACACGUACACGUAACACACAAAAAAGGAAAGAGAGCAAACAAGAAAAGAACUCAAUCUACAGUGUGUUACGAUGAGGUGCACAUAUUGGGUUUUGAUCAUAAAUUCCGAAGGAUCUCAGAAGAACUAUGGGACUAAAUGAGCUUUUCUGUAAUUACUGUUUAUCCAAUGAGUUGCAUACUGUUAUCAUGCAUUACUUUGAGUUGUUGUUGCAAUGAAAUAGCAAAUAAGAAGUAAAAACGGAUAAAAGACAUUGCACAGCCCAUUGUAA